AUGCCUCUGGCUUUUACUGAUCUCCAGCUUGCUGCUGAGCUUGGGAAGACAUUACUGGAUCGGAACACAGAGCUGGAGGAUUCUCUUCAGCAGAUGUACACAACCAAUCAGGAGCAGUUACAGGAAAUUGAGUACCUGACCAAGCAGGUGGAGCUCCUGCGGCAGAUGAAUGAGCAGCAUGCAAAGGUUUAUGAGCAGCUGGAUGUCACUGCGAGGGAGCUGGAGGAAACAAAUCAAAAGCUUGUUGCUGACAGCAAGGCCUCACAGCAGAAGAUUCUGAGCCUGACUGAAACAAUCGAAUGCCUGCAAGCCAACAUCGAUCACCUCCAGGGCCAAGUGGAGGAGCUGAAGUCAUCUGGCCAAGGGAGAAGGAGCCAGGGGAAGCAUGGCCAAAAGUCGGCACCCAGCUUCUCGGGUCUGAAAGAGCUGUAUGACUUACGCCAACACUUUGUGUAUGACCAUGUGUUUGCAGAAAAGAUCACUUCCUUGCCAAGUCAGCCAAGCCCCGACGAAGAAGAAAACAAGCAUUUGAAGAAGGCAGUGAGGACGCUGCAGGCACAGCUGAGCCUGGAGCGGCAGAGGCGGGUGGCCUUGGAGGAGGAGUACGGGCUUGUGCUGAAGGAGAACAGUGAGCUGGAGCAGCAGCUGGCGGCCACCGGCGCCUACCAGGCCCGGGCGCUGGAGCUGGAGGCUGAGGUGGCUGAAAUGCGGCGGGUACUGCAGGCAGAGCGUCCCUUCAUGAAUGGGGUCGAAAAGCUGGUGCCCGACUCCCUAUUUGUCCCUUUCAAAGAGCCUGGCCAGAGCCUGCUGGAGGAGAUGCUGCUGACGGUGCCCGAGGCCCAGCGGAGGCCCCUCAAGCGCAGCAGCAGUGAGACGGUGCUCAGCAGCUUGGCCAGCGGUGACAUCGUGAAGGGCCACGAGGAGACCUGCAUCCGGAGGGCCAAGGCUGUGAAGCAGAGGGGUGUGUCCCUGCUGCAGGAAGUGGACACACAGUAUAGCGCCCUGAAGGCCAAAUACGAGGAGCUGCUGAGGAAGUGCCAACAGCAGGAGGGGGACUCCCUGUCCCACAAGGCUGUGCAGACUGCCAGGGCUCCAGCCAGGGACCCAGCUUCCAGGGACCCACCCGCUGCUGGUGCCCCCGAGCCUGCUGGGUCCCCCACCAGCACACCACCUCCCGAAUACAAAGCACUCUUUGAAGAGAUCUUCAGCUGCAUCCAGAAGACGAAGCAGGAGAUUGACGAGCAGAGAAUGAGCUAUCACCCUCUCCCCUCCCCUUAAUGGGGCCUCCAGCUCCCCUGCUCAUUUCCUAUCUCCCAUCACCCUUCUCCCACUCAGACAUGUUUGUAGACCCCAAAGCCUGAAUUUGCUCACUACUUUGCUGACUCAGCCAGUGUGUAUGUACAGUGAGGACAGGAUGGCUCCUGGCAUAAGUUUCCUAACCCAGGUCCCUUCAAGCCCCGCAGUAAGCCCCUCCCAUGACAAACUGGCCUCUGGCUGGCGCUGACUAGGCUGUCAUUCUUGAGAAGCCCUGAAGCAGUGGGGGCAGAGCUGUGCUCCUGGAGAGGUAGGCCUGGAGCCUCCACAGGAUGCACUUAUAUGCACAGUGCCUACUACACUGGGAAAGGGCCGGGGAAACAGAGCUAAGGCGAUCCCUGCUGCCUCCUGGCUUACCUUCUCAAAAAUGUGGAAGCCAACCACCAACCUGAACUGUCCCCGAGCGCUGGUGGAUACUGUGAAUUCAGGAAGACCAUUUUGGAGAAAGUAGGGGUCUAAUCCAAAGAAACAGUGUUAACCAAUACUCCACACCCUAGAGUUUCCUUUGCUACCAGUCGCACUGUGACAGGGAAUCCUAACAGACCUAAAGCACUGAGCACCUGCAGAAAGGCGAGCUCUGCUGGACCCAGGUUUGCCUGUCAGCCUGCGCUCCACCCCGAAGGCCUGCACCCCCAUCCAGGUGUGUUCACGCAAAGUGCAGUGUUAGGGUAGCCGCGCACAGCACACACCUAUUUCCUUUCUUAAAUACAAACGGGGAUAAGCUCUCCUGUGCUGUCUGAGCUGCUGACCUGCUCAGUGCCUGCGGCUCCUGUCAGUGGUUGGCCUUGGCUGCAGGAACCCCAUCGGCUCCUUUACUGAACAGUGUUGGCAUCAUUCUAACUGUGGAAAUGGAUGACUCCUCGCACUUGCAUACUUUAAUUUAAAACUAUUUAAGAGAACUGAGGUUCCAGUAAUUGUAUAUAUUUUUCUAAAAACCAAAUAAAA